UUCCAAGUCUUUUUUCAUUUUCCAGUUCAAUUUUUAUUUUAAUUUCAUGGCGUUGGUUGACAAUGAUAUUGAAAUUGUUGUCUUCAAUUAUUUCAGGCAACAAUUUGCUCUUAAAGAUGUCCAAUGGACGCCACCUUACACUAAUAGACCCGCGCAAGCAGAGGAGCAAAUAAUCAACAGAUUUGUUGAAGUGCUCAAUCAGUUAACCACUGACUUUAGGUCCACCGAGGGAUUUUCCGAAUUGAUUGAUAAACUGGAUUCGGUGACUCAUAAUCUAGAUCGAUUACCUGCUGAGAGUUUCGAUGACUCUGGGUACGCUGUUUUUACUGGUAUUGCUGAACACUUAUUUGCUGAAGGAAUUAAAUGGUGUCACAUUUUAACACUUUUUGUCUUCGCCUUUGAAUUGGCCAAUGAAUUUUUACGAAUCAAGGAUGACACGGCAGUAGUUGAAUGUAUUGCCAAUUGGCUGAUUUUAUAUACUUCAGAAAGACUUUUGGAUUGGAUAAAUGAUCAUCAAAAUACAGAGUAAAUUGCUUCUCAUCAUUAGAUAAAUCACAUUUUGUAACUCAUUGUUUGAACAAAUGGUUCAACUUAUUCAUGAAUCUCAGACAGACCAAAUAGCAACGAUGCAUUUUUGUGAUAAAUUUUUACCUUUUUCCCAAUAAAGCUCAAUUGUUUGUACUCUUCUCA